AUGUUGAAAACAGAAAAGACAUGCGUUGUUUCAGAUUCUACCAUUACCAAGUUUGGAGUUCGUCCUCCUUCUACCUAUUCCAUGAAGAUCCAAAGCCUCUCUCAACUCAAAACUCUCUUCUCUGGUACUGACGGAUACAAGUCCCGUACCUUCUCUUCCGGCAAAUACAACUGGAGAUUGGUUAUAUAUCCGAACGGAAACGAGAAAGACAACGGGACAGGGUUUAUUUCAAUGUAUGUUGAAUUAGAUAGCAAAAGCCUCUCGUCCAAUGUUUUGGCGUAUCUCACCUUCUUCAUCUUCAACAAGAAAGAAAAUAAAUACUUUACUAUUCAAGAUGUUGAAGGAAAGCAGUUCAAUGCAUUAAGAUUGGUGCAUGGGUUUCCGCAAGUACUUCCCCUUGAUACAUUCAAUGAUCCUAAAAACGGUUAUGUCUACGAUGGAGAUCAAUGUGAGUUUGGUGUUGAUGUGAUGGUUCCACUUACCAAUUGGGAAGUUGUCUCAUUUACUCAGAAACCCACCAAUAAAAAGUUCUCUUGGACGCUCAACAAAUUCUCUAAGUUGAAAGAACAUUGCUACGUAUCAAGCAAGUUCUUAAUAGAAGGAAGGAAUUGGUGA